UGCCGCCACUGCAAUUUUUUUCCCUUGCUGCUGCUACAUCCCACCGCUGCUGCCCCGCGAUUUUCGAAUUCCCGCCAUUGAGAGAGCUCCAAUUUUUUUUCCUGGUUCUUCUCCAAAACACACACCUCUUCACUUCUUCUUUGCGGCUACAAACCACCAGACCACCAAACCACCCACAAACUUGACACAACGCCCGCGCGACACAAAUAGCGACACAAUGGCUGCUGCUGCGACGGAGGCAACCAACAUGGACCAGCAGGUCGAUCUCUCCACCAUCCCCAUCUCGCCCAAGGGCGCUGAGAACGGAAGCGAGGCCGCGGACGACAGCAAGCCCGUGACGGUCUUCCACGACAAGGACAACUUCAAUGUCAAGCAUCCUCUCCAGAACAAGUGGACUCUGUGGUUCACCAAGCCCCCGAGCGGAAAGGGCGAUAACUGGAAUGACCUGCUCAAGGAGGUCAUCACCUUCGAUUCAGUUGAGGAGUUUUGGGGCGUCUACAACAAUGUUGCCCCCGUUUCAGAACUUGCCCUCAAGUCCGACUACCAUCUCUUCAAGGCCGGCGUUCGCCCAGAGUGGGAAGACCCCCAGAACAAGCACGGUGGCAAGUGGUCCUACCAGUACAAGGAUAAGCGCAACGUCGAUGUCGACCGUCUCUGGCUGCAUGUCAUGAUGGGCGCCAUCGGUGAGACGCUCGAGGAGGAAGACGAUGGCGAGGUCAUGGGCGUUGUUGUCAACGUCCGCAAGGGCUUCUACCGUAUCGGAGUCUGGACUCGCACCAUAGGAAAGAGCAUUCCCGGCCGAGGUGACGGUGAUGUUGCCGGCGGAAAGGGCCGAAGCUCGGAGAAGGGUAAGGACAUUCUCCUGUCUAUCGGACGCAGAUUCAAGGAAACCCUUGAGCUCCCCAGCAACGAGCAGAUUGAGUUCUCAGGCCACACGGACAGCGCUCAUGCUGGUAGCACCAGAGCCAAGGCCAAGUAUACCGUAUAAUGGCCCAAAGAUGGAAGCUUUACAAUAUUGGACGGGGAGCGGAGGUUGCAUUGACUACACCCUACUACCUACCACCACCAGAUAUCCGUAGCAUGUCCCCCAAUGCGCACCUCUCUCAAGGCCUUGUAUCCCAUCGUGGGACAGAACGAGUGGGCAUUCAGGGGUCAGUGGUUAAGAGACAUGAUUUACUUUUCCUUUGUCGGAUGCGGGUCGGGGUUUGCGCAUAGCAAGACAUGAGCUUGGCUUCUCGGGCAACUAAUGACUCUGGGACGAUGGCAUCUUUCUCACAUCACAUGACGGCGUUGGCUCAGGAGCUCUCGUUAUCUUUUUUUUUCUUGAAACUUGUCAAAAUUAGGCUGCGCAAGGCGGCAGAUGCGGCUGGCGAGGAACCAACACAGGAACCUCUUUAUUUCAGAAAACCCCGAAAAAGAAGGAAAAAAAAUAGAUGUCUGAUAUUCGGGCCCAAAAUGCCGUGCUCUUUUUUAUAAGCAUUGAUUGAUUUUUCUCUUUUAUUUAAUACUUCUUUCUUGUCAAUUGAUUUACUGUCACCACUUGA